CCUCUCUUCCAAAGAUUCUCCUUGCCACUCUUUUGUUCUUCUCUUCCAACACACUCGCCUGCCUAUAACUUCUUCGAUCGACUCUUACGUACAAGCGCACCAACACAAUGGAGGCUUCUUGUCUUAUUGGUUAUGCAGGGAUUAGAUCCUCUUGCCUUGGACGACAAAGGACUAGGAGAGGAGUAGCCUGCAGGAGGAGAGCAAGUCGGAGGUUGAUGAUAUCUGCGACUGCGGCACCUCAAACGCCGGCCAUGUACACUGCUCUGAAGAUGACCGACGACACGAGGCCGCUGCUGGCGCACAUAAAGGAGGAGGAAGAAAAGAAGGAAACGUACAGAGACAACUGGCUCGACCUCCUCGCGAUCCGUUACUUGACCCGAGCCAUCCAAGCGACCACAGGGAUAAGCAGCGAGAAGGAAGGGUAUGAGGGGCUGGUUGAGGCAGCAGUCAUGAUAUCCAAGAAAUUUGAAACAAAAGCACAGCAGAAUCUAGUGAUCCAAGCUCUGCAGAAGGCCUUCCCAAUAGCCAUACUGACAAUGAUAAAGACUUUAUUGCCACCAUCCACAUUUUCAAGAGAAUACUUUGCAGCUUUCACUACAUUAUUCUUCCCAUGGCUAAUAGGCCCCUGUGAGGUCAAGGAAUCACAAGUCAACGGCAAAACAGAGAAAAAUGUGGUCUACAUCCCUAAAUGCAGGUUUCUUGAGAGCACCAACUGCGUAGGGCUGUGCACAAACUUAUGCAAGAUCCCAAGUCAAAGCUUCAUCCAGGAUUCACUUGGGAUGCCAGUCUAUAUGAAUCCAAAAUUUGAAGACAUGAGUUGUGAGAUGAUCUUUGGUCAGCAAGCACCAAUUGACGAUCCCUCACUGAAGCAACCAUGCUAUCACAAAUCCUGCAUAGCAAAGCAGGCACAUGGAGUGAACUGCUCCUAGUGGAUGGUGACUGCGCAAAGAAUCCAAGGACUCAAAUCAUUAUACCAGAGGGAUUUCAAAGAAGAUUUCGAGGCCUCAAAUCCAUCCAAAUAUGCAGUUCAGUUGGUUCUUCCACUGCAGUAAAUUCUACCUGUCAAGUGAACAAUAUGAGUAUAGCCGAUAUGAUCGGUUGUUCUAGUAGCAAUUAUGUGGUGAAAAAUGCAAUGUGUUAGUUUGGGUUUUUCUUUCUAUAAUGAAAUAAUGUGUUGAUUUUUAGCU